AUGCCUACGGAUACCCGAUCAUACCUCCGCGACAUUGACUUCUACACUGACCGCAUACCAAACGCGUCUCCAGGAGACAAAAUAUUCUUAAUGAGGCUCACGUCCAAUAGAGAAGUGAAUAACUUCAUCGAAAGACAACCGAGAGCUUCAAAGCAUGACUACAACGAGCUCUGCAAAGCCCUCCUGGCCGAAUACUCAGACUUCGGGGCCUCUGGGACCCUCACGGCAGCCAUGGCAGUCAAACAAACUCAAAACGAGCUUGCGGACUGCUACUACCACAGACUAAGACAGGCUUACUUUGGCAACCAAAACUACGAAGGGAUGGAGGAAGAUAAAAACUUCAAGGCCCUAUACAUCCAAAACCUCCAUCCCAACCUUAGCUUCCUACUAGGCGUGUCCGCCUGCCCCCUUACACAGGACAUACGACAACUGAAGACCCUAGUGGUAAACACGACCAUACGUAAAAUGGCGCUAAUGCAACUGACCGUGGGCCCCAUGACGCUAGUCCACCCGGUCUACAUCUCCCCAUUCAACUCGAUUCCACUCCUGCUGGGCCAGGACCUUCUAAAUCGGUUGGAACCCCUAAUAGACUUCCAACGUCUGAAGAUCUGGGCACAAGUCCGGAAGCCCUUGCCCAUCCCACGCCCACUGAGCGAGAACCACUGCUACUUCAUAGAAGCGCCGCCUACAGACGGCCUACAGCCGGCCUACAGCCCGGCAUGGACAAGGAACUAA